AUGGAGAAUCGAGACCAGGAGCCAGUCUCUUCGUCCUGGAUACAGAUGUUUAUGGACUCUACGAUGAUUUUGUCCACCUAUCCCACAGUAGUCAGAUACAUCUCUGGUGCUUGCAUCGCGCUGGGUCUGUUUUUCAUACUACCAGCCGUUAUAUUGGUCCUUCUGGAUCUUGUCAUCUGGUUCAGUCGCCUUCUCUGUGGCCGGACGCCUGUACUCACCGAAAAUGCCGCUCGGCAUGGGCCCGGCGCGACUGUCCUCGAGCCGGGCCCUCACAACCGUCAGCAAGACAAGCACGUCGCUCUACAGCAAGUUUCGGACGGAAGCAGGCGUCGGGUCCCUCAACAGCGAGAGCAAGUGAGGGGUUCAACGGAAAGACCACUAUAA